UUUCUAAUACAUAUAUAUACACACACACAUAUAUACAUACUUGCAUACAACCCCCAUAGCUUCAUAAACUCCAAUUCUGCCGAGAAACUUGGUGGGAAAAUGAGGUCAAGAACACAAUACCCUGUGAAUACCAAGCUUAUGGUCAUUGGCGUCAUCUUUGUGUUCUUCCUCCUCUUUGUAUUUAGAUCAACCUUUUCGACUUCCAAGGACCAAGUUUCAUCCCCGAUUGCAGAAACAAUCAUCCCAAAAGCGGUUUCAGAUUCCUUUAGAAACAUUCAAAAGGUGACAAAAUGUUCACCAACUUGCAACAAGAUCCCACCUUCUAUAGCGCAAGCACUCGUCCACUACUCAACCUCCACCAUCACCCCACAGCAAACUAGCAAAGAAAUAUCGGUUAGUAAAAAGAUCCUAGAUAAGAAAUCACCCUGCAACUUCCUAGUAUUCGGCCUUGGCCACGAUAGCCUGAUGUGGAGCUCGCUAAACUAUGGUGGACGCACGGUAUUUCUAGAAGAAGAUGAGGCGUGGAUUGAGCAAAUCAAGAAAAGAUUUCCGACGUUGGAAUCGUACCAUGUGACGUAUGAUAGUAAGGUGAAUCAAGCAGAUAGUCUUAUGGAAGUGGGAAAAGGGGCGGAGUGCACCGCGGUUGGUGAAACGCAGCACUCUGUGUGCCAACUGGCGCUCAAGGGUUUGCCGAGUGAUGUUUACGAGACGGUGUGGGAUUUGAUCAUGGUGGAUGCACCGACAGGGUACUAUGAUGAGGCUCCGGGGCGGAUGAGCGCAAUCUAUACGGCCGGGAUGAUGGCGAGGAACCGGGAGGAAGGAGAGACGGAUGUUUUUGUGCAUGAUGUGAAUAGGGUGGUGGAAGAUAAGUUUUCAAAUGCAUUUUUGUGUGAAGGGUAUAUGAAGAAGCAAGAAGGGAGGUUAAGGCACUUCAGGAUUCCUAGCCACAAAGCUGACCCUAACAAGCCCUUUUGUCCUUAAAACAUUCUGAUUUGGUUCUUGUGGUCUUAUAAGAAUCUUGAACUAUUCCUUUCUAUUUUAUUUUCAGCAUGGGAAAGUAACAGAGUAUUAGAUUAGAGAUUUUUGUUCUAAACCACUCGUAUUAUGAAAUAAAGUUUUUCGUUACUUUAUCGUUUUAAGAUAUGCUUGAACGUAAAUGAUCUGGGAAAAACCGAAAUGAUUUCGAGAAUUAUACGAUAACACGGUGUAUUUUAUGUUU